CGCCCCGGAAGCCAGCGCGGAGGAGCAUGACGGCGCCGCUGGCGGGGCUGCGCUGGGGCCUGGGGCCCGGCUGGCUGCUCCGGCUGAAGCGCUGCAGGCGCUCAGCUCCUUGGGAUCUCGGGAUUAGGAGCAGUGCUUCACGUAAAGAGCUUCUGGGAUUGUUCUCCCUGAACAAUGACAUCCUAUCGCAGUCCUGCCGGAACUAUCAAGCAGUGUUAUGCACUGAGCUGACAAAGCCAUUGAUUAUUAGGAACCUCCCAUCCCCUUCUCUGCAGCCUCAUGAGGUCAGGGUUGGCGUCCAUUACUGUGGAGUAAAUUUUGCUGAUAUCUUGGCCUGUAAGGGUUUGUACCAGGAGAAGCAUUGUCUUCCAUUCACUCCUGGAAUGGAGUUUUCAGGGAUGGUGAUGGAGACUGGAGCGAACGUCAGCACAGUGCAGGAGGGAGACAGGGUUAUUGGUGUGACUGGCACUAGUGCAAUGGCUGAAGAGUGCGUAGCUGAUCAGAAGAUGCUGUGGCCAAUCCCAGAAGGUGUUUCUUAUGAAGAAGCUGCGGCAUUGCCUGUGUCUUAUGGCACAGCCAUUUUGGCCCUGGAUCAUAGAGCACGCACGCAGCCAGAGGAAACGGUUCUAGUGACAGCAGCUGCUGGGGCCACGGGGCUUGCUGCUAUCGAUGUAGCUGCUAACGUUCUCAAGGCAAAGGUGAUAGCAGCAGCUGGAAGUGAUUACAAAUGCAACCUGGCUCUGCAGAAGGGUGCAGCCCACAGCGUGAAUUACACCCAAGGGAGCCUAAAGGAGGGAGUGAAGAAGCUUACAGAUAACAGAGGGGUCAAUGUAGUUCUUGAUGCCGUUGGAGGGGACAUCUUCAAGGAGGCAUUACAUAGUUUGGCUUGGGAGGGCAGGAUUGUGGUGGUGGGUUUUGCUGGAGGAGCAAUCCCCUCUGUCCCAGCCAAUCUGCUGCUUCUAAAGAACGUGUCUGCCUUGGGAGUGUUCUGGGGUCGAUACCGGGAAGAGGACUUUCCUGUUUUUUCGUCAUCCCUCUCCUCUGCUCUUUGGCACUGCCAGGAAAGACGGAUCCAACCUCAUGUAGGAGCGGUCUUCAAACUGGAAGAGGUGAAUGAAGCCUUUAGCCGUGUAACCCAGCGCAAGUCAACAGGAAAGGUUGUCAUCUCAAUGAAAUAAAUCGGCCUGUUUCCUCAGAACACAGCCCCUGCUGCUGUUGGACUAAUCAACAGAAUCAUCCUUCUGGCUUAUGGAUGCAGACAGCCAAGUUGCAUCUACCCUAUGAUUUCUUUCAUGAUUUGUCUACCACCACCAGUAAUGUAGAGGGAUAUGGGCUCCUGCUUAGGUUUAAAUGACAUAAUGAUAUAAAUACUUGUGCCCGUUGCCAGCAUUGGUGGAGUUGCACUGCUGCUAGACAAACAGUGCCAGGAGUCCUAGGGGAGACAAGGUUUAACUGUGACGGGAAGAGGGAGAAUAGAUGCAGAGCAGUGCAAUUAAUA